UCUUCAGGAUCCAGCGAAAUAAUUGCUGACUGUGAAAGUGUUGAGUCCAAACACUGUCCGAAUUCUGAUGAAAUUCAGAAUUUAAGUUCACCGGAGAAGGGAGCGACAGUCAAGAAAAGCAUAGACUUCAACAGAUCAAGCUUUCUAGAAGAAUAUAAUUUCAGUCCUGCAGAAAAGGAAACACUAAUGAAAAUUGCUAUUCCUGAAAUUCUCGAAAUCUGGCUGGAGGAGUCUGCCGAAGACUUUCGUCAAGUUCCAACUUACUCUUGUCUCCGGAAGGUACUUUCCUACUUGAACCAGACAGUGCCAGGGUCAGAUGCUGAACAUCGGGCCCAGAAACUCCUGAGUCGGUUUUUGGCGGAGGAAACAGCGGAGAAAGAGAUGUUUAAAGGCUACCGUAGAAGAGUCAGAUUCUAUGUGGGAGAAGAACACGACCAAACCAUCGAACAAGUUGACGAAAAGCUCCUGUCCUACCCAUCACGCUUCAUUGCAGAGCAGCUGACUUUUAUGGAUGCUGAUCUUUUUCGGAAACUUGUGCCCAGCCAAUGUUUAGGGUCCAUCUGGUCUCAACGAGGGAAGGAAGAAAAACAGCAUCUGGUAUCAACCGUCCAGGCCACCAUGACACAGUUCAAUAAUGUUACAAAAUGUGUCACCAGCACCAUAUUAAGACGCCAACAGUUGAAACCAUGGCAGACGGCUAAAAUCAUUGAGAAAUGGAUUGAUGUUGCCCAGGAAUGUAGGAUUUUGCAGAAUUUCUCGUCAGUGCAUGCUAUUACCACUGCAUUGCAAUCAAAUAGUGUGUUCAAUUUGAAGAAGACUUGGGCAGCCGUGUCAAAGAGCAGUAAGACAACAUUUGAAGACCUUUCAAACAAUGAAGAAGAUAACUUUGUAGCGAGUAGAGAGCUGCUAAUGGAGGAUAUCGUUCAGGGAAUUGUGCCGUACCUGGGAACUUUCUUAACAGAAUUUUCAGCACUGGAUUCGGCUUUCCCGAAUUACCAUUCAAAUGGCUUGAUCAACUUUGACAAGAGACAAAAACUCCUCUGAACUCGAGAAACCGCCAAAGCCCAAAAAGAGUGUGUUUAAACGCCUCAGCUGCCUGUUUUCAAAGAGAGGUGUUAAAAUACACAACACUCAAACUAAAAGCUCUGAG